AUGUACGCGUAUAACAGACAGACUAUUCGGAAGUCCGACAUCGAACUUAGGCUGGUUCCGAUCCCCGGUGCCGUGGGUCACGUGUCAAGAACAAAUAGCAUCAAUCUCCAAGAUCCAAUGGUCCCCAACGUCUCGCCGCACGAGAGCAUCACGACUAGUAAAGUCAAAUUGUUUACCGCCUCCCGACUUUGGGAGCUCCACAGUGAGCUGAGCACAUCCUUGUCGGAUUCAGCUAGGCUGGCUCGGGCCAUCUGGCCAUUGCAGCAUAAUCCCAUGGAUGGUAGUUCCAUAUCCAUAAAGUUGGGUAGUUCCAGUUCCAUAAAAUAUCUUGAUAUGACUUAUCAAGAUAUUCAAGUGAAAACUUCCUCACCUUGUAUUCGUUUCGCGUACACUUCC